CAUAUUACACAAAGCCGUGAUAGCUUUAUAAAAUCUCCAAUGUUGCAGAUGAACGACUUUUUUACUUGGAAUGAAAUCGAUAGGUUAAUUGAAAUUGUUGCAAGCUUAUAUCGAGAUCAUAUUGAUCUACCUCCAAAAUAUUCUUAUAAUAUUGAUGAUCAAGGUGGUUCAGCAUUAUUCGAUCCUCCAAAGUAA